UUUGUGGUAGUUUUCACUGACAGCUGCAGUGCUGUCGUCAAGCUUUGUGGCGUUUUUGACUUUGUUGGACAAAACAGGUCGGCAAAGACCAUGCUCCGAUAAUUACCAUACUCGCACUGCGUAUAACUUGACCGUAUUCGACAUGUAUGUGCAAGUACGACAAAGAGUCGCCCCACCUCUUCACAGCACGUAAGACCCCAACACAGCAUGGCUCAACACUGCACAAUACCUCGACCCCAUUUGUCUGUUCAGCAUCAACACCAUCUCCGGCACACACUAUCCCCGCAAAGCCUAUCUCUUCGAUCGAAGCUACCAUAGCGCCCGUCGUAGGGCUGCUUCCGCGCUGCCGACCUGAACAAAACGCAAGGUUGCACAAACAUUGGUUCUCUCGGCCGCAAGCACUCAGACCAACGGUUCGCCCAGCAAUGAGAUAAAUCGCAGAUCUUGUCUUGGCGAUGUUGCCACGACAGGGUUGUUGGGUCAGAUGCGCUCAAGGAAGACAAAG